AGGUACAUUAUAUUCCCCCGCUACCGCUAGGGUUUCCUCCCCUUUUUGGCCCUAAUCACUUCUCCUCUCUCUUUUUACCAAAUCCAUCUCAAAUCUAGGGCUUUUUCCUUCCUUUCCUAGAAAUUAACCAUGAUGCAACCGGCCGCCACUAUGGUUCCGCCACCACAGCAGCAGCAACAAUACCAACAACAACCACCACCUCCGCAGCAGUGGAUGGCCCCGCAGCAGCAACCUCCGCAGCCGCAGUAUCAGGUCCCGCCGCCACAGCAGCAGCAGCUGCCUGCUUAUUAUUAUCAGCAGCCUCCGCCUCAGCAGCAGCAGCCACCGCAGCAGUACGCCGCCUCUGCUGCCGCGGUUGGUGCCGAUCCCAAUGCUUCCGACGGGAUCCGCAGCCUCUGGAUCGGAGAUCUGCAGUACUGGAUGGACGAGCAGUACCUUCUCACUUGCUUCUCCCAGACCGGCGAGGUUUUGUCAGCUAAAGUUAUUCGCAACAAGCAAACGGGUCAGUCAGAGGGUUACGGAUUCAUUGAGUUUGUGAGUCAUGCUGGUGCGGAGCGGAACCUACAGGCAUAUAAUGGAACCUUGAUGCCAAAUGUCGAGCAACACUUUAGAUUGAACUGGGCAUCUAUGGGUGCAGGUGAAAAGCGUUCAGAUGAUUCUCCUGAUUACACAAUUUUCGUUGGGGACUUGGCAGCUGACGUUACUGAUUAUAUGCUUCAAGAGACAUUCAGGGCCCACUAUAAUUCAAUCAAGGGUGCAAAAGUUGUAACUGAUAGGAUUACAGGGCGUACAAAGGGUUAUGGAUUUGUAAGGUUUGGAGAUGAAAGUGAACAAUUGCAUGCUAUGACUGAGAUGAAUGGAAAGUUUUGUUCAACAAGGCCCAUGAGAAUUGGUCCAGCUGCUAACAAGAAAACUAUGGGUGGCCAGACAAAAGCUUCAUAUCAGGGUACUCAAGGAACUCCGAAUGAGGAUGAUCCAUCUAAUACAACAUUGUUUGUUGGGAACUUGGACUCCAACGUCACAGACGAACAUCUGAGGCAGGUUUUUGGGAACUAUGGGCAGUUACUUCAUGUGAAGAUACCAGUAGGAAAGAGAUGUGGUUUUGUUCAAUUCGCUGAUAGAAGCUGUGCUGAGGAAGCUCUGCGUUUGUUGAAUGGAACCCAACUGGGUGGCCAAAACAUUCGACUUUCAUGGGGCCGUAGUCCUUCAAACAAACAGCCUCAAGUGGAUGCAAGCCAAUGGAAUAGUGGCUACUAUGGCUAUGCUUCUGGAUAUGAAACCUAUGGGUAUGCUCCAGCAGCCCAGGACCCAAACAUGUACUACGGAGGGUACCCUGGGUAUGGGAAUUACCCGCCACAGACACAACAGCAGCCGCAGAUGAUGCAGCAACCUCAGUGAUUUGCUGGAAAGAGAUGGUGAUGGAAAUCUUCUUGGUAAUUUGGACCAUUUCUUGACAAGAGAGGCUGCGCAGUUGUGGGAGUUAUGCAGUGUAGUGUAGCUGGAUAUCAUAGACUGGGCUAAAUAUGAGUCGUGUUCUGCCAGAGGCAUCCUUUGGCUGUGUACUCCAUUUUUUUUUCCCCAUUUCCGGUUUAUAAAUUGGUCUAACAAUUUGGCUCUGUAGUGCAAGCUGCAUGCAUGUGUUUAUACGUUUGGAUUGGUUUAUUGUUCAACUUUUAACUCUAUUUUCGACCCGUGCCUGGUUUGAGUUA